UCUGGAUGCGGAUGCUGCCUUGAAUUACGUAUCCCAGUUUAGCGACCCUACAUGUGUCGUUUUAAAGCAUAAAAAUCCUUGUGGGGUGGUUUUCGGUGGUUGUAUUGUUGAAGCAUGCACAUUAGCAGUCAAAGAAGCCCAACUGAUGGCGAAACUCGAAUGUUCUAUGAGACUGUGGUGGCACCAAAGUACUCCAAGAAGGGGCUAGAGGUUCUCCGUGGGAAGUCGAAAACGUUGAGGAUCCUGGAAGCGAAGAAGAACGAAGACGGGAAGCUUUCAUUGAGACAGGUCGGUGGGAGAUGGCUGGCUCAGGAUUCUGAUAAUUUUACUCCCGCAGACAUUCAAUUCAAUGUGGUCUCAGGGACGGCUCCGCAAGAUAGCGAGCUUGAAGACGCGAAGUUUGCAUGGCUCUGCGUUGAGCACAUUGAGUACACUCACGCUCCAAGUUUUAACAUUCCUGGUGCAAUUACCCAAAGAAAAAUCAUUAACUCGGUCUUAUAUCCAUUAUACGCAUUUCGAUAUAGCAUUUCGAUAUAAUCCAGAAUUUUUUCA